AUUCCAGUUCUUCUUAAACUGGAUCUGAAAGACAACCAGAUAAGCUUCUUACCUUCAUUAGGAGAUCUGAGGAAGUUGGAAAUGUUGUUCCUUCAGCACAACCACCUAGUCGCACUUCCAGAUGUGACAGGUUGUAUGGCACUCAAGGAACUCCAUCUAGCUGACAACAUUAUUAAGGAACUUGAUGUUGAGUUGUUAGAAGGUUUGUCACGUUUGCGAGUGUUAAACCUUUGUAAUAAUGAAGUUACAUCUCUGCCAGAAGAGAUCUCAGGACUGCAACUACUUGUACGAUUGGACCUUACCAAUAACAGUCUAGUCACAUUACCUGAUACUUUGUGCUAUCUGCCACACCUACAAUCUCUACAUUUGGAAGGAAAUCCUCUUCAUUCUAUUCGGAGAGAUAUUAUUCAGUGUGGAACUACUAGACUUCUGAAAUUUCUCCGUGAGCGUUUGAAGGAUGAAGGAAAUGCUAAUAUUGGUUCUUACACCUUAAUUGCAGAAAAAGAUGUGAAGUUCCCUGACAGAUAUAUGAUGAGGUCUGGUCGAUCUUUAAGUCUAGCUAUGCAGGAUCUUACAGAGAUUCCAGACUCAGUUUUUCAAGAAGCUCUGGAGGCUGAAGUCACUACUGUCGACUUUUCCAAGAACAAGUUGAAAGAAGUACCUAGUGGGUUGCAGAAACUGGCAAGUCACAUCACUGAACUGAACCUUAGCUGUAAUGCAUUGUCUGUACUUCCCGCUGAGCUGGGACUGUGUCAGAACUUGCAGUACCUUGACUUGCAGAGGAAUUCACUUGAAAGCUUACCCCAGUCACUUGAAUGUUUGACAAAGCUCAGGGAACUUGUAAUAGCUUUCAACAAAUUUUUUGAACUACCUGAUUGUGUGUACAAAUUACCAGGGCUUGAAAUUCUGAUAGCUCGUGACAAUCGUUUAACCACGAUAGAUGUGGCAGGGCUGUCUCAGCUACACAGGCUGGCCACAUUGGAUCUGACCAAUAACAGCAUUAGUCAUGUGCCUCCAGCGUUGGGUAACAUGACACAGCUAAGGUCGUUGGAGUUGACUGGAAAUAGUUUUCGGCAGCCUCGACAUGCUAUAUUAACAAAAGGAACCCACAGUAUCUUGUCUUAUCUGCGUGACCGAAUACCACAGGGCCAGCAGUAACUGGCUGCAUUGUAUGCAUUUGCUUUUAGGAUGAAGAUUUUCCUUCAAAAGGCAAUGUUUACACAGCAGUGAAGUAAUCUGGUCUGUUACACUUAUAUACUGUAUCCUGCGGCUAACUUUACAGCCUCCUUUGCAGCACCAAACCAACUAGAAUGGAAUUAGUCAUUCAGAAACAUUAAAAUUGUUUUGCAGCUGCACAGUGGCCCUGGUGUUACUCAGCCUCUAACAGAUAUGAGUAACAGGAAUCUUCCUAGGGGUGAAGGGCGACAAGCAUGUAAGGAUGUCAACCUCACCACCAUCUGUGAGCUGAUUGCCUAGAAAAUGUGGGAGCCUCGAUAUCUCACGGCCCUAUGGGCCUCCA